AUGGAAACUCUCAACUUCAACAACAUCAGAACGAACAGAUUCAGAAGGAAACCUACAAACACUCACAGAUCUAAGCAACUCCUCUUCAUCUCUCUCCUCGCAAUCUUCUUCGUUCUUCUCUUCUGCUUCUCCAACAAGUACACCAUCAACUCCCUUUUCCUUUCGAAUCCCCUAAAAAACACCCGAUUUUCCCAAUGUGUCAAACCGAACGAUGUUCAAUCCCUAAAGGGACAGAAAUUCCUUUGGUACGCACCACACAGCGGGUUCAACAACCAGCUCUCCGAAUUCAAGAAUGUCGUGUUAAUGUCGGCCAUACUUAACCGGGCACUGAUUAUUCCUCCUGUUCUGGAUCACCACGCUGUUGUUCUAGGAAGUUGCCCAAAAUUUAGGAAGUUAGAACAUUUACAUACAUUAAGCCCCUCAUACUUGUCUUACUCCAUUAAGACAUCACUUGUGAUUUUAGCCAAAAACUCAUAUUUUGGACAAAAGUCCUGA